CUCAUACACACAAACACACACUCACGCAGACACACACACAAACACACACACACACACAGAGCUUUGAAGUGGCUAUACUAAUGAAGUUUCUGCUCCAUACAAACGGACGUCCAUUGGUCUAAAUGCAAAGAGAGAAAUGGCCACCAGCACGCUCCCACCAUUGCCUUUCCCUGAAUACCAGGAAGGAAAAUCUACCAUUGACACCUUAGAAAUCGUCAUGGACAAAGUGCUGAUUGUCCUCUACACCCUGACCAUUAUCCUGGGCAUCACCGGCAACUCAGUGGUCAUCUGGGUAGCGGGUUUCCGCCUGCCAUCCACCGUUACCAGCGUGUGGCUGGUCAACCUGGCGGUGGCCGACCUGAUCUUCUGCCUGACCCGCGUGGUCUCGCUGGCCAAGAAGCUGUUCUUCAGCUACUGGCCCUUCGGCAUCUUCCUGUGCAAGUUCAACGGCUUCUUCAAGUACGCCAACAUGUUCUGCAGCGUAUUCCUCCUCAGCGUCAUCAGCGUGGACCGGGCGCUCUGUGUGUGGCGGCCCGUGCUGACCAAACAGCGCCGCACGCUGGGGGCGGCCCGCCUGGUCAGCGUCGGUGUGUGGGUGGCCUCCGUCACCCUGAGCUCCCCCUACUUUGCCUUCCGCCAGACAUACACCAGCAAAAACAACCUGACCAAGUGCUCCAUGGAGGUGAAGGACAGAGAGGGGGACAUCUCUAGCUCGCUGGCCCUCUAUAUCUUGCGCUUCCUGUGCGGGUUUCUCCUCCCCUUCCUGGUCAUCUUGUGCUGCUACACCUUGGCCGCCAUGGGCAUACGCCGCACCAGGCUGACACGGAAGAGGAAGCCCCUCAAAAUCCUGGCCUCCCUGGUCUGCGCCUUCUUCCUCUGCUGGGCGCCCUACCACUGCCUCCUGCUGGUCAAGAUGGUGAACAGCAAGAGCCAGGUGGUGAAGAUAGGCCUGCCGCUGUCCAAGGGGAUCGCCUACUUCAACAGCUGCAUCAACCCACUGCUGUACUUCUUCAUGGGCCUGGACUUCCGGAGGCGUUUCCAGCAGGGUCUGUCGGAAGUGUACAGGAAUGCCCUGGCGGAGGUUGAGGGGCCGACUGCCCAAUCUGAUGAGGGGCAGGAGAAGACCUCUGCUUCCACAACACAAGCUAGAGAGGCGGUCAACAGUUCAGCGUCGAAUGUGGCCGCAUUAUGAAAGCUGAAAAUGUGAGGAAAUUACACAUAGCUAUAGCAUGAACGUGUUACU